CUUGUGCUGGUGUUGUUGUUUAGGCGUUUGGGAACGUGGGUGCGGGUGUGACAGUCGAAGAAGAAAAUAAAUAAACAAACAAACAAACAAACGAAUAAAGAUUUGGGUAAAAUGUACUACAAGUUAAGUGGAUUCACACAGAGACUAACUGGAGCCACCCCGUGGAGCGCCUACACUCCCCAGGGCUUGAAGCCAUCUGUCCCCGGUGAUGCCCCAACCAUGAUCUUUGCAACACCAACGAAAGUGGCAUCCCACUCGAGAGUAGAGGUGGACUACCUGGGGCACAACAGAGUUGCAGACCUUCAGAAGCUCUUUCAGGUAUCUGAUGGAAGCCCUGUGCACCUAAAGCGGGGUGUCCCAGACAAGCUCUUGUACCGCACCACCAUGGCUCUCACCAUCGGGGGCACCCUGUACUGUCUGAUGGCCCUGUACUUUGCGGCACAGCCCCGGAAGUGAACCUCUCCUCAACAAAGGACUAACCAUAGAUGGUAUUUGUAUUGUUAUCAGCACUGUUAUGAUGAUAAUUAGAAGGAUGAAAUUGAGCCUUGGUAAAGGUGAGAUGCACUUAGUGAAUUUCCUAAACUUCCUGCUGUGACAUGUUCAUUCAUUGCUGUGUAAUAACAUAAGGAAGUCCCAAAAAAAAUUUUUUUUUUUUUUUUUUUUUUUUAACGUUUUCAAAAUAUGUGGCUUAUGAGCAGGACAGAUGCUGUGUCACAGUGAACUAAAGGGCCAUCUUUGUCACUGUUCAGACCAGCAUUUUUCUCAACUCUGAGUCACAGCCCUCUGUUGUGACAUGAGCCCAGGACGGUUUGAUCUAGGAGGAUCAGCGCAACUCUCUCACACAGGGAAGUUUCAAGGACCAGCACUGCACAGGAACAUCAGUGAGAGAAGAUGACCAGUGUAAUAUGUGCAGCUAUUCUGUUAAUGUGUUCUAUUAUCUGUGCUACAGGACUGUUUGAAUGGGUGGGUUUCUCGGUGGCGAAGAGCUGAGUUUGAGCUUGCAGUGCUGAGGUGUAUUUGGUUUGAGCACUGCUGACAUUUAGCAGCAUUUGCAUUUCUUGCAUUGUUCUUUCCUCAUGUAGUCAUCAGUGUACAUGUCACCCUAACUUGCCACAUGUGACUGGAUCUACUGCCACAAACUUCCAGGAGAGAAGCAACAUGAAUGUCAGAUGUUGUGUUACUAAAAAUUGCAGUAUUUUCUGCUUUGUCCUCUUCAUUCCUUUUAAUAAUAAAGUUAUA